CAUCGCCUCCGCCCCCCGCCCCCCGCCCCGUGACUCGGCUCUGCCUCCCGCGGGCGGCGGCGGCGGCGGCUGCCGGGCGGUGUCGUGCGGCCCCGUGCGGGGACUAUGAAGCACCAUGGUGUGGUGUGACCGUGGCGUCCAGAUGCUGCUGACCACGGUGGGAGCUUUCGCCGCUUUCAGCCUCAUGGCCAUCGCCAUCGGUACCGACUACUGGCUGUACUCCAGCGCUCACAUCUGCAACGGCACCAACAUCACGGCGGACGAAGCGCAGGGGCCGCCGAAGAAAGCGAGGGGAGACCUCACGCAUUCGGGGCUCUGGAGGAUCUGCUGCCUCGAAGGAAUCUACAAAGGACACUGCUUCCGAAUCAACCACUUCCCUGAAGACAAUGACUACGACCAUGACAGCUCAGAAUACCUUCUCCGCAUUGUCCGUGCCUCCAGUGUGUUCCCCAUUCUAAGCACAAUAUUGCUGCUGCUGGGAGGGCUCUGUGUUGGAGCAGGGAGGAUUUACAACAGCAAAAACAACAUUAUUCUCAGCGCUGGAAUUCUCUUUGUCGCAGCAGGACUAAGUAAUAUCAUAGGGAUCAUUGUCUACAUAUCAAGCAACGCAGGUGACCCAAGUGAUAAGCGAGAUGAGGACAAAAAAAACCAUUACAACUACGGUUGGUCUUUCUAUUUUGGAGCCUUGUCUUUUAUCGUGGCUGAAACCAUAGGUGUUCUGGCUGUGAACAUUUAUAUUGAGAAGAAUAAAGAGCUGAGGUUUAAGACCAAGAGGGAAUUCCUUAAGACUUCCUCCAGUUCUCCUUAUGCCAGGAUGCCAAGCUACAGGUACAGGAGGCGGAGAUCCAGGUCCAGUUCUCGAUCUACAGAGCCUUCUCCAUCUAGAGACAUUUCCCCGGUUGGCAUGAAGAUAGCAAGCACCAUUCCCAUGAACGAGAUUUCCAUGUACACUCUUUCCAGAGAGCCCUUGAAGGUCACAACAGCCGCCAGCUACAACGCAGACCAAGAAGCCAGUUUUCUGCAGGUCCACAACUUCCUUCAGAAGGAAUUUAAGGAAGGACUCCACGUCAACAUGGUCAACAGGAGAACAACGCCUGUCUGAAGUUCCUUCCCCUCCCUGUGCUUUUUGACAAGAAUAUCAGAACAGACCUGUCAUGAAAGAGAAGGAGCGACGUUAAAAUACCCUCUCACCUCUUUAACUGUGGCAUGUAUUGAGGCAGCAAGUGGGGAUCCUCUGGACCAACAAAAGAUGUUACACGCUUGUAGCUUUUUCGAAGCUAUUUGGAGUUUGUUUCUUUCAGUUCUUGGUGUCACAAGAUGAAGGUAGUUCAUGUUCCUGCACUUCUGUAAUGUGUACAAACCCUUGGAGAAGCUGUGAAGGACUUGCCACCAGUGUGACUCAAGGGUCGCAGAAUUGUUGUACAACUGUUUUCUAAAUCAAGAUCCCUUACUACAAACUUGCAACUAUAAUUUACAACCAAGCCCAAGGAUACGAACUAGUCCUCCAGCGAUCAGCUCCCCUUUGACACAGCGUGAGCUUUGCCUCUUCCAAAAAAUAAAAAGAAAAAAAAAAAAGAAAAAAAAAAAAGAAAAAUAUAGAAGAUAUUUUUGAAGGCAACAAUGUCUAAAACUGACCUGUGCUACUGAACCUGUAGAUCAUCCAUGUGCUGAGCAUUACAGACUCCCUGACGGGGCACUGAGGGGUCUCCUACCUGGGGGGUGGAAGGCAACCCUCUGGGCAGCGCGGGUGGGGAGAACAGGGUGGGUGCAUUGCCCAGCAAGGGCGGGAUUAAGGUAGGUGGGACUUGAGCGUCUUUGCAAAUAUCAUUUCUUGCCUAACAAUUAGAAAACUUGAAUUCUCAUUCUGACUAGCCCUAGUGCCUGAUCCGGCGAGGUGCUGAGUGCUGUCUGCCAGGAGCAGGCCCUUACGGACUGCGUACAGCCAGGGUGAGGAGCAGGGCUGAGCCUGCGACCACAGCCCCUAUUUCCUUACUGCUUCACAAGUGCAACACUAACGCUACUGGAAACUAAGAUAUCUGAGCAACACGCGUACGAAGAUGAGAAGCUGUUAUGUUCGGACUAGCAACACAUCCUGCAGCAAUGGGAGCUGAGCGUUAACAGAAUAGAUGGCGACUUUGUGGGUUUUUUUUGAAGUGGAACAAAAACAAUUGCCGUUUAUGAGAUAUUUAUUAAACUUUUUAUUAUGAAUAAGUGCCGCGUGGUGCAAGGUAUAGUUGCUUUUAGAUGGAAAUGAUGGGUCAGCCUAAUUUAAUUUAUUUCGUAAUGAUGAUUCUACUUAUGUGCAGAGAGCCCACAGGAAACUCUAUGCAUCUCCUAAGGGGGAGAUUGGUCUGCACCCUUUGCUUCUAUAUGUUUCUAAAAGGGUCUGAAUUAUUUUUCUUUUAAAUUUCUGCUUUUGUUUUUACACCUAGGCUUGGAUUCUCAAAUCUUGAGGGCCUAACUUGAAGGUAAUUUAAUUUAACAGUACUCACAUCUCUUUUAGCGAUCAUUCAGCCAAGCCAUACGAGAAUGAGGUGCCCGAUUCCCCUUGAACGAGUUAGUUGCAAUGAGAGAGGAGCAUCCAGUUCCUGUAGGCUGCUUUGAACACAUCCAUCUUUUUCACCCUGAAAAUCUUUGCUACCUGAAGACUAGAGAAAUGGUGACAAGGAAAGAACAUGACUUGAGAAACUUGACAGUGAGAGAUCUCAGCCAAGCUGUUAAAACCUCAUUAGUCUUAACUCACCCUAUGGUGGCCGCAGUGUCACAACGCGAUGGUGGUUUGGAUGCGAGGCUUUCAGCCAGUGGAACCAAGUCCUCCAGCGAAGCCCUGGGGGAGCUGCCUUAACAACCCACUAAGUCAAACCUCUCCCUCCCACCUAAACCCUGCUUGGCCCUCUCUCCUUGCAAGAACCGAGACAAUGCUCAGUCUUAAGUGCAAGUCUUCCCCUAGUCGCUGUCCUGCUCUGUUCUGCCCUCAUCAUGGCAGAUGAUGGAAAGCAUUAUUUUGGCAAACCAUCCAGCGGAGGUGGGCUGGAGCCUUCAUCCCUGCUUGUUAUGAAUUUCCAUUCAGGUUAAAACUCUGCUGGGAUCCUUUUUCAGACCUCUGAACUCUGAGAGCUGAUACGAACGGAGUGAUGGGAACUAUUGAAAAGAAGUAGAAAACAUCGUGCUUCUUUCUGUAUCAACACACUAUGGAGAAAGGUAUUACACGAGCUUUUUAAACAUAUUCAAACAGAGGCAGACAAGAAAACUUUUUUACCUACUUUUCGGCUAGGACAACGAAAAAGAGUUCUAAAAUUAUUAAAGUUCUUGACGAAAGGUUUUUUUUACAAGAAUCUUUAUGCUUUCAAACAAUAAAUUAUUUCCUACUUUUUGAGACUUCGUAAUAUUAAAAUACUUUGAUUAGCUAUGAUAGAAGUAGAAGUUUGCAAUGAAAAAAAAACCUUCUGUCUCAUUAGUGUGUCAUACUAAGUGCUAAUUAAUUUACAUCUAAUUAUAGUCAAUGUAUUUUUCAAGUGCAAUUUCCCAGAACUAUUUGUUUCCCACUGUGUUAAUAAACUAAUAGUUAGAAAUAAGUCCCAUCCGUGUUUACUGUAAUUAAGAAUAAAACUGUUCCCUUUCAAACCAGGAGUUAGAUAUAGGCUGUUUGUUCUAAACUCAUGUCCAUUGAACAGAAAGUGGACAGUGUGAGGUUCCCUUUGCGCCUUGGUUUUGUUCUUUCUACCUUCAUUCGGAGUAAAUAUGCUUAAAUGCGCUCACAGUGGGGAUGUGUCCCUGGGAUGGUGCUGGGACAUGGAUUUGAGGCACUGGGAGGUGAUGGGGAUUGGGAUGCACGUCCUGUGGGAGGAUGGGGCAGUGAUUUCACAUCCCAAAAGCCAAGGUCUGUGUCAGACUGCAGCGUGCUGCUUUGUUCAGCCAAAGCAAAAAACAACCUGUGACAUUUGCCAAUUCCAAUUAAAAAAAAAAAUAAAAUCCCCCCAAAAUCCCUUUUCCUGUAGGAAACUUUGAUUCCAACAAAACUGAUUUGUGAUCCUUGAGCAUGAAUGGUAUCGAUGUAUCAGAAGGCACUGGAUUGCUGUUGGACUUUGAAACCACUCAAUGAUAGUUUAAAAUAAACCUGUUUCUCUGCAUCUCUCUGUUCAUCCCUGGACAGCAUCUAAAACAGAUCAGCCCCAGUUUCUCAGUAAGGCCCGCAGGUAUCAUCAUCCCAUCAUUAACAACAGCCGGUCCUUUGGAAAUAGCCUAUAGCACACCACAACAGCAGAAAUGCUAUUGGAGCAGAUUCCAUUUUCUGAGAAACAAAUUUCGAGUAUCUCAUCAGCUCUCUCUUUUUGGUUUCUCAUACAGAAUAGGAGAAAUCACUUCAUGUGCCCGUACCAAUAACAGUAAACUCUUUUUAUAUUUCCUUUCUGUAUGGAUCACAACUCCACAAGGGCUAAUAUAUCACAUCCCUUGAGGUUGCAUUUCUGUCUGCAGUUCUAACGUGUUAUUGCCACUGUGCUUCAGUUCUGCUGGUGUAAUCACAACCGUGUAUAAUGUACUUAAUCCUUCCUUUUUAAAUAAACCAUUUUAAAUGUA